CAUUGCAAAGUUUUUUUGGCCCCGGCGAGGGGUGUCAGAUUGAGCGCUCUGUGCGCAUGUGCGAAGGUGUCCAAACUGACAAUGCUGGGGAGAUGAAGAUAGUGUGUGGCUGCUUCUGGACUCAAGGAGGAGGAGAGAGAUUCCGCGAGCCGACACCAUGCGAUCCAAGGCGAGGGCGAGGAAGCUAGCCAAAAGUGACGGCGACCUUGUAAAUAACAUGUACGGGCCGGACCCCGACAUGCUGGCUGGAGAGAGCGCUGAGGACGAGACUGAGGACAGCGCCAUGUCCCCCUUCCCCGCCAGCGAGGGCUUCACCCCCAAGGAGGGCUCGCCCUACGAGGCCCCCGUCUACAUUCCUGAGGACAUCCCCGUCCCGCCUGACUUCGAGCUCCGAGAGUCCUCCAUCCCCGGGGCCGGCCUGGGGAUCUGGGCCAAAAAGAAGAUGGAGGUCGGGGAGCGGUUCGGCCCGUACAUGGUGGCGCCCCGGGCCGCGCUGAAGGAGGCGGACUUCGGCUGGGAGCAAAUGCUGACGGACGCGGAGGUGUCGUCCCAGGAGGGCUGCAUCCAAAAGAUCUCCGAAGACCUGGGCAGCGGGAAGUUCUGUGUGGAUGCUAACCUGGCCGCGGCCGGCAGCUGGCUCAAGUACAUCCGCGUGGCAUGCUCCUGUGACGACCAGAACCUCACCAUGUGUCAGAUCAACGAGCAGAUUUAUUAUAAAGUCAUUAAGGACAUUGAGCCAGGAGAAGAGCUGCUUGUCCAUGUGAAAGAAGGCGCCUGCUCCCUGGGGACGCUGCCCCCCAGCCUGGAUGAGGAGCCCACGUUCCGCUGCGACGCCUGUGAUGAGCUCUUCCCAUCCAAGCUGGAUCUGCGGCGCCACAAGAAGUACGCGUGCAGCCCAGUGGGGGCCGCGCUCUACGAGGGCCUGGCCGACGAGCUCAAGCCCGAAGGCCUGGGCGGCGGGGGCGGUGACGGGCAGGUCCACGAGUGCAAGGACUGCGAGCGGAUGUUCCCCACCAAGUACAGCUUGGAGCAGCACAUGGUCGUCCACACCGAGGAGCGAGAGUACAAGUGUGACCAGUGUCCCAAGGCCUUCAACUGGAAGUCCAACCUCAUCCGCCACCAGAUGUCCCACGACAGCGGCAAGCGCUUCGAAUGUGAAAACUGUGUGAAGGUGUUCACGGACCCCAGCAACCUGCAGCGGCACAUCCGCUCCCAGCACGUGGGUGCCCGGGCCCACGCCUGCCCGGACUGCGGGAAGACGUUCGCCACGUCCUCGGGCCUCAAGCAGCACAAACACAUCCACAGCACCGUCAAACCUUUCAUAUGUGAGGUCUGCCACAAGUCCUACACGCAGUUCUCCAACCUGUGCCGCCACAAGCGCAUGCACGCCGACUGCCGCACGCAGAUCAAGUGCAAGGACUGCGGGCAGAUGUUCAGCACUACCUCCUCCCUCAACAAGCACCGGCGCUUCUGCGAGGGCAAGAACCAUUACGCGCCAGGCGGCCUCUUCGCGCCCGGCCUGCCCCUGACUCCCAGCCCCGUGGUGGGCAAGGCCAAGCCGGCCCCCAGCCUCAACCACGCCGGCCUGGGCUUCAACGAGUACUUCCCCUCCAGGCCGCACCCGGGGGGGCUGCCCUUCUCCGCGGCGCCCCCCGCCUUCCCCGCGCUCGCGCCCGGCUUCCCGGGCAUCUUCCCUCCGUCCCUGUACCCCCGGCCGCCUCUGCUACCUCCCACGACGCUGCUCAAGAGCCCCCUGCACCACUCGCAGGACGCCAAGCUCCCCAGCCCCCUGGGCAACCCCGCCCUGCCCCUCGUCUCCGCCGUGGGCGGCAGCGGCCAGGGCGCCCCGGCGGCCGCGGGGCCCGAGGAGAAGCUGGAGGGCCGCCUGGAGGACGCGUAUGCCGCCGCCAAGCUCAAGCCCCGCGGCAGCGACCUGUCGGACGGCAGCGACUUCGAGGACGUCAACACCACGACGGGCACGGACCUGGACACGACCACAGGUACGGGCUCCGACCUGGACAGCGACGUGGACAGUGACCGAGACAAGACCAAGGACCAGGGCCAGGUGGCCACGGGCAAGCCCGAGUUCCCGCCCCCAGGCGCCUCAAGCAGCGUGGGCGAGGUGCCCGUCUUCUACUCCCAGCACUUCUUCCCGCCGCCUGAGGAGCAGCUGCUGACGGCGUCGGGCGCCGCGGGCGACUCCAUCAAGGCCAUCGCGUCCAUCGCCGAGAAGUACUUCGGGCCCGGCUUCAUGGGCAUGCAGGAGAAGAAGCUGGGCGCGCUGCCCUACCACUCCGUGUUCCCCUUCCAGUUCCUGCCCAACUUCCCGCACUCCCUAUACCCCUUCACGGACCGCACCCUCGCCCACAACCUGCUGGUCAAGGCCGAGCCAAAGUCGCCCCGGGACGCCCUCAAGGCGGGCGGCCCCAGCGCCGAGUCCCCCUUCGACCUCACCACCAAACCCAAAGAGGCCAAGCCCGUCCUGCCGGCGCCCAAGGCGCCCCCGGCCCCGGCGUCAGGCGAGGAGCAGCCGUUGGACCUGAGCAUGGGCAGCCGCGCGCGGGCCAGCCAGAACGGAGGGGCCCGCGAGCCCCGCAAGAACCACGUGUACGGGGAGCGCAGGCCGCUGGCCGGCGAGGGGCUGCCCAAGGCGUGCCCGGCGCAGCUGCCCCAGCAGCCCUCCCUGCACUACGCCAAGCCGUCGCCCUUCUUCAUGGACCCCAUCUACAGCAGGGUGGAGAAGCGGAAGGUGACUGACCCCGUAGGAGCCCUUAAGGAGAAGUACCUACGGCCAUCGCCACUGCUCUUCCAUCCCCAGAUGUCAGCCAUCGAGACCAUGACGGAGAAGCUGGAGAGCUUCGCAGCCAUGAAGGCGGACUCGGGCAGCUCCCUGCAGCCCCUCCCCCACCACCCCUUCAACUUCCGGUCCCCGCCCCCGGCGCUCUCGGACCCCAUCCUCAGGAAGGGCAAGGAGCGAUACACGUGCAGGUACUGUGGCAAGAUCUUCCCCCGAUCAGCAAACCUCACGAGACACCUGAGGACGCACACCGGGGAGCAGCCAUACAGGUGCAAGUACUGCGACCGCUCCUUCAGCAUCUCCUCCAACCUCCAGCGGCACGUCCGGAACAUCCACAACAAGGAGAAGCCCUUCAAGUGCCACCUGUGCAACCGCUGCUUCGGGCAGCAGACCAACCUGGACAGACACCUGAAGAAGCACGAACACGAGCACGCGCCAGUGAGCCAGCACUCGGGGAUCCUCACGAACCACCUGGGGACCGGCGCCUCCUCCCCCACUUCCGAGUCGGACAACCAUGCACUUUUAGACGAGAAGGAAGACUCCUAUUUCUCAGAAAUCAGAAACUUUAUUGCCAACAGCGAGAUGAACCAAGCAUCCACGCGAACAGACAAACGGCCGGAAGUGCAGGAGCUGGACGGUGCCUCGCAGUGCCCCGGCCUGGCCAGCGGGAAGCCGGAGGACGUGGAGGAGGAGGAGGAGGAGGAGCUGGAGGAAGAGGAUGAUGACAGCCUGGCGGGGAAGUCCCAGGACGACACCGUGUCCCCCAUGCCCGAGCCGCAGGGUGCCUACGAGGACGAGGAGGACGAGGAGCCGCCCGCCUCCCUGGCCAUGGGCUUCGAUCACACCCGAAGGUGUGUUGAGGAGCAGCCAGGCGGUCUGUUAGCUUUGGAGCCGAUGCCGACUUUUGGGAAGGGGCUGGAUCUCCGCAGAGCAGCUGAGGAAGCAUUUGAAGUUAAAGAUGUGCUUAAUUCCACCUUAGAUUCUGAGACUUUAAAACAGACCUUGUACAGGCAGGCUAAGAACCAGGCGUAUGCAAUGAUGCUGUCCCUCUCCGAGGACGCGCCUCUCCACACCGCCUCGCAGAGCCCUCUGGACGCCUGGCUGAACAUCGCAGGAGCCACGCCCGAGUCCGGCGCCUUUAACCCCAUCAACCACCUCUGA